AUGGGAGAAUACUUGUCCACGAAGGCCUUGCACGCUGUCAUCCCAGACAAUGUGCCACGGCCCAUUGCAUUGGGCGUCCUCGCGCAAGCCAAAAGCAAGUAUUUCUUCAUCGCCGAGUUCAAAGACCUAAAAGAAGACUCGGAAGUGCCACCCACACAAGCUCUGGCUUCUGUUAUCGCCAACUUGCACAACAACUCGGUCUCCCCGAACGGCAAAUUUGGUUUCCAGGUGCCGACCUCCCAAUCGCUGCAGCUAGGGAAUACCUGGUGUAAAACAUGGGAAGAGUUCUUCGUCCGAGCCUUUCGCAACACGGUCAAACUCGAGCAAGAGGUUCAGGGGGCAAACGAGGAUCUGCAACUGCUGGCAGACGAAAUGUGCGCCAAGGUAAUCCCAAGACUGCUUCGCCCAAUGGAGACAGCAGGGCGGAAGCUAAAGCCUACUCUCCUGCACGGGGACCUGUGGCAUGGCAAUAUCGGAAUCGACCUUGUGACCGACCAGGUGGUGCUGUACGAUUGCUGUGCUUUCUACGGCCAUCAUGAAUACGACCUGGGCAUGUUCCGCGCGUCGCGCUACCGGACGUCACGAGCGCAUAUACGCGCGUACAACCAACUCGUCGGAUUCUCCGACCCGAGUGAAGAUUUCGACGACCGGAACGCUCUGUAUGCGCUCCGGGUCGACCUCGAGGUGUCGUGCGGGUGGCCCGCGAACAAGAGGAUGAGGCAGCUCGCGAUGCAGGAGAUGAAGCGGCUGGUGGAGAAGUAUCCCGCGGGGUUUGAGGGGUGGCAAGAGGAGGAGAAGGGGAGUUAG